AUGUCAUCCAAAUUACUGGCCUGUGUCUUACUUCUGUCCGUCCUUCAUGCGCGCUCUCUAACACUGGAGUACGAAGGAGACUAUGAGGAUGUCACUGUGAACCAAAUGCUGGCUCCUAAAUCACAGGAGACCGACGCCACGGAAAUACUCAACAAUUUACUGAAAGAAUAUGAUAAGAAACUGCGGCCGGAUAUCGGAGUCAAACCAACUGUCAUAGAUGUCGACAUAUUUGUGAACAGCAUCGGACCAGUGUCAUCGAUAAAUAUGGAAUACCAAAUCGACAUCAUCUUUGCCCAGACGUGGACAGACAGCCGUCUCAGAUACAACAGCACAAUGAAAAUAUUGACUUUGAACAGCAAUAUGGUUGGACUUAUUUGGCUUCCAGACACCAUCUUCAGAAACUCCAAGAAAGCAGAUUCCCACUGGAUUACAAUGCCUAACCAGCUGCUCAGAAUAUGGAAUGAUGGGAAGAUACUUUACACCUUAAGACUGACAAUAAACGCAGAAUGCCAGCUGCAGCUGCACAACUUUCCAAUGGACGAACACUCCUGUCCGCUCAUCUUCUCCAGCUAUGGAUACCCACGAGAUGAGAUGAUUUACAAGUGGAGGAAGAACUCUGUGGAGGCAGCUGACCAGAAGUCCUGGCGUCUCUACCAGUUUGAUUUUAUGGGCCUGAGAAACACCACAGACAUUAUAAAGACUACGGCAGGGGACUAUGUGGUGAUGACAGUGUACUUUGACCUGAGUAGAAGAAUGGGCUACUUCACCAUCCAGACUUACAUCCCCUGCAUCCUCACCGUGGUCCUGUCCUGGGUGUCCUUCUGGAUCAAAAAAGAUGCCACACCAGCCAGAACGGCUUUAGGUAUAACCACAGUGCUGACUAUGACUACUCUCAGUACUGUGGCCAGGACGUCACUACCCCGAGUGUCUUAUGUCACUGCCAUGGACCUUUUCGUCACUGUCUGCUUCCUGUUUGUCUUUGCUGCUCUGAUGGAGUACGCAACAUUAAAUUACUACUCAUACAGCACCAGACGACCCAGCUGCAUGGAACCUAAAAGAUCAGUAACAUUACUCAAAAAUCCAUUUUGCUUCCUGUGCUUUUGUACGACUGACUUUUCUUCUUCCCCUCAGAACUACUCUGUCCUGGAUGUGCGACCUUCACACACUGUCAUCGCUUUAAACAACUCCAUGUACUGGCAGGACUUUGAGGACGCCUGUGUCUACGAGUGUCUGGAUGGAAAAGACUGCCAGAGCUUCUUCUGCUGCUUUGAGGAGUGUAAAGAAGGAGCAUGGAGAAAAGGACGUGUCCACAUAGAUCUACUUGAACUGGACGCAUACUCGCGUGUCUUUUUUCCCACCUCCUUCUUACUGUUCAAUAUCGUCUACUGGGUGGGCUAUCUCUACCUUUAG